UUACAUUGACCUUUGUUACGAUGAUCGCAAUUCGGCAUAAAUUACCAUAAAUUCACGGUGAUCCACGUUUAAAAACACAUUGCUUGCGACUCAUGCGAUUAAUGGUAUUUGCUAAUCUCAAGACUCAAAUCGUCGAAAGUAGCCCCAGAAGAGAUGAAACAAAUUCUCGCUGUAUGUCUCCUAUUGACAGUGGCCAAUGCUAAUGUUUUCCGGGAAAAUCAUGGAAGGCCCUUGAAUAGAUUUUUCCACCCGGAACGCUGGUUUCCAUCACAGGAGCAUCAAUUUGAAUCACCAGGACAUUCAUUUCCUAUACCAGAACGUUUAUUUCCUACACCAGGACACUCACUUCCAACACCGGCAUACAUGCAAGUCUCAUCAGACCAGUCACCACUCCAUAAACAAUUAGAAAAACUCUUUCCACACAAAGUUAACCAACAGAAUAAGGCCUCAGAAUCUUGUACUGCUGUGAGGAUUUGUCAUAAUCCGUUAACAGGCGAAAUCAUCAUUACUGAAUUUGAUGGAAUACAGCCAAUAAGUAAUGAAAAUCUUGGUUGUACAAGUGCCAAUAAGAAAUAUUCUGAUAACGUAAAUUCUAACAAUAAAAAUCUUGAUAGUAAUGGAAAUGUUAAGGGGAAACUCAGAACAACUAUGCCAAUACUUACUACUACUUCACAACCUCAAACCAGUGAAUCUCCUCAUAACUAUGGAGAAGGAAUUAUUGACAUUCGAAUGGGCUACUAAAUACUAAAAAGUAAAAAAAGGAAAAAGAAAAGUAAUAUUUUCAUUAAGUUUAAAAAGUAAUGUAUUUAUUAAGUUUUAUGAUACAUUGAACAUGUACACAUUAAUAAUAUUCGAAAUAAAAAUAGAUGCAUCUGA